CCACUGCGACGGCUCGAUAGCACGACCUCUUCGCAUCCUAAUUGAAAGUUAACAUAGCGAACACGACCGUAUACAAUCGCGGAUUUUGUUGACACCUCGCGACCUACUGCCUGAUCCUCGAUUCUCCCGAAGGAUCAUGGCGGAACUACUCACGGAGGACCAGGUCGCCGGCCUGCUGGCAUUUCUCAGAAAAGAUGCCUCUGUUGACGCGAAAAUCCAACAUGUCACUGCCGUGAAAUCUGAUAUUAAACACUAUAGCGUGCCCGAUACCUGUGUCGCGCCUCUCUUCGAAGCUCUCCGCCUUGCCUCAAGUUCGCAGCACUCGGCGCUCGUCAAUGCCGGCUUCACCACGCUUAACCAUCUCUUAACGCGCAUGUCGCUACAAGAGCCUAAGUACCUCGUGAAAGAGGCCAAGCACACGCUACCGCUCAUCAUCGAGAAGAUGGGUGAUCAGAAGGAUAAGAUCAGAAGUCUGGCCAUACAAGCGAUGGCGACCAUAUAUGCUCAUGUGCCAAUCGACGCCGAGAGGUUUGUGCGCAACACUGCCAUGGCUGGCAAGAACCCUAGGGCAAAGGAAUCGGGCAUGCAAUGGCUAUUACAGAUGAACAAGGAACAAGGCCUACAAUUCCGUAACUACGUACCAACCUUGAUGGAAUUACUAGAAGAUGCCGACGGCAUGGUCAGAGACGCGGCAAAGAGCACAGUUAUAGAAUUAUUCAAGGACGCGCCGAACGGAGCGAAGUCUGAUCUCAAGAAGCAAUUGAAGAACUUCAAAGUGCGACCUGCCAUAGAGCAAGCCAUCGUGAAGGCAUUAGCCCCGACCAAAGCAGACCCAGAAUCGAGGCCGGGUUCAUCGAUGAUGCAGGGGAGACCAAAUUUGGCCGCGAGUGUUUCGUCUCUUGCCAGCGAAAGGCCAAUAACACCAAUGCCGGAAGCAAAGGUGGAGUCGGUAGAGCCCUCAUACGUCAAUACCCAACGAGAAUUGGACGAAAUUAUCAAGGAGAUGCACCAAUGGUUCGAAGGCAGGGAAACCGAACAAAAUUGGUUGAAGAGAGAAGAGAGUAUCACCAAGCUACGACGCCUCCUUGCUGGCAAUGCACCGUCUGAUUUCCCGGAUGCUUUUGUUAAUGGCUGCAGAGGGUUACUCGAUGGUAUUAUCAAGGCUUGCGUCUCACUACGAACCAGUUUGUCCAAAGAGGGAUGCGCCCUCAUCCAAGAUCUGGCCAAUACUUUUGGGCCGGGCAUCGAUCCAAUGGUCGAAAUUAUCAUGCAGACUUUCAUCAAAUUAUGUGCUGCUACCAAGAAGAUCACAUCCCAAUUGGCCAAUGCUACCGUGGACACUGUCAUUGGAAGAGUAACGUACAAUGCUAGGAUCAUGCAGCACAUAUGGAGUGCUUGUCAGGAUAAGAAUGUCCAACCGAGGACGUACGCUACGGGCUGGGUGAAGACUCUGCUGAAGAAAGAGUCGCAUCACAAGAGCCAUCUCGAACAUGGUGGAAGCUUGGACAUGAUCGAGAAGUGUAUCAAGAAAGGUCUCAACGAUGCAAACCCCGGAGUGCGCGAGAAAAUGCGCUCGACGUACUGGGCAUUUGCUGCGAUCUGGCCCGCGAGGGCGGAAGUGAUCAUGGAUGGGCUUGAAGCCACCGCGCAGAAAUUGCUACAGAAAGAUCCUAACAACCCGAACUCUCCGAAGAAGUCCGAACCAGCCUCCCGGCCAGGGCUAGGUCUCUCGAAGAGCACUAUGACCAGCACGAAGGCUUCGCUGAGGGAGGCGAUGUUAGCGCAGAAGAGGGCCCUAACCACAAAAAAUCUGCCUUCUAGGCCGGGGUCUGCUAUGGCUACGGUUACUCCAGCGCGGACGGUGUCGGGCUCGUCAAAUGUAUCUUCCGCUUCACAUGCGACUGCUCCUGCAACUCGGACACGUCCAGAACGUCCAGAUACGUCAAUGAAGUCUCAUGGCGGUAUGUCGGUAGCACCCAUGCGUCCAGCUAGAAGAAGACCGGACAUUGCACCUCGACCCGCUACUGCCGGGCCUUAUUCUGUCAGAUCUCACGAUGGACCAUCAAGGGAGCACACGAGCCCCACCGACGCUGCAAAGGCCAAGGGUGUGACGCCAAAGACGAUCUCGGGGUCGCCUAGGAGGACGGCUCCAAGAACCCGUCCUGGUCACGUAGCAACUGCUAGUGAAUCCAGUAUUGCUGCUCCUACUCCUUCUAAGCCAGCAAAUGGUAAACCAACCAAAUCUCCAAGGACUAGUCCGACUAGAGGUCCAGUGAAGAGUCCGGGCAAGGUUAGGCCACCAUUUGCAAGUGAGCCCAAUCUUAGCAGCCCCUCGAAUCCAAACGAGGAAAUCACGCUUGUCGUGCCAACUAUCGCUCAGUUGAAGGAGAGCGCACGAUCGGCCUCGCCCAAGCCUUCACCCCAGCCUUCGCCGAGAACGUCAAUAAUUAUCGAGGAUGCGGAUGCCUCGAUCGUCUCUAAAUCCGCAUCAGCCACUCCAACUCCGACACCGUCGAAAGCUCUCAAAGUCUACGAAGACCCCUUUACGGAGGAUCAAGCGACUCCCCGCCCGUCGGUGAAUCCCGUGGUAGAGCGGCCGGUGCUUGAAGAUAGGCCCGUUAAUGAAGAUGCUGCUAAUCUGACCCAGACUCCUACCGGGACGGGUGGGGCCAACGGUAGUCCUCAUGUUUCCCCGGAUAAGAACCGCCAAAACUCUCGUCUGAUCGAAAGCGGCAUUGCUAGAAUCAAAGCCCAGACAUUAGACGUACAUGGUUUCCGGAAAUUACAGAGCCUUCUCCGUGACAACAAGAUAUCGCUUGACGAUAGCAAGUUUGAUGCUUUGCUACAGGGACUAUUCGAGUAUCUCGAAUCUCCCCUGGGCAACAUUGCUCCAGAAAAGGUCCAGGAUGUCAAGGCGCAGAUCCUUGCAACUAUCAAGUUGCUGCUCAAGAAGUCUCGUGAGAGGUUCCAACCUCACGUGUCACGGGGACUAGAAGCUCUGCUUGCUGCGCGUACUCGCUACGAUGCUCGAACGCAUAUCGUAAGCGGGUUGGAGCUCCUGGCAGACGAAUUGGUGGUACUCGGUGACGCGGACGAGAUUACAGUGACUAUGACGAAGAAUCUGACAAAUAUGGAUAUGGACACGUCGGGUCAUCGUAGCCUAAGCAUGGGCCUCCACGUGCUCAAGGAAUUAGUUGACACGAGAACUUCGUUUUCGCCUAACGAGAGCGAAAUCACUGGCCUACUAGGUCUAGCGAGCAGGUGUCUCGAAAGCAAGGAGAGUGGCGUUCGGAUGGACGCCGUACAGCUCUGUGUUGCGCUGCACGCUCGCUUGGGCGAUGCUAGGUUCUGGGAGAGUAUGAAGAGUGUCAAGGAUGACCCGAAGAGCCUGAUUACUUAUUAUAUCGUCAAGAGGCAGAGGGAAAACGGGGUUGCUGCCUAAUGAUAACGACGGAGAGUGAGAGGGCUCUUUGGGCUUCCUUUCCUUUAUCGUACAUUGGUCUCACUGCUUAGGCAUGAUUCUCUGGUCUGCCUUGCAUAU